AUGAACGAUCAUGACGAUUUUCCACCUUUAGGUUCAAAACCAGUAAAGAGGACAAAUAAUAACAAUAAUAAUAAUAAUAAUAAUAGUAAUGGAUUUUCAUAUAGACAAACAACAACAACAACACAAACUGCAGUUCAACCAAUUUUAGUACCAACAAUAAUAAAGGAGUCAACUAAAAAUGAAAUUAUUGAUAUUGGUGCAAAUUUAGCUGAUAAAUCAUUUGAAAGAGAUAUUGAUCAAAUUUUAGAAAGAGGUUAUAAUAAAGGUGUUACAAAAAUUAUAAUUACAGGUACAUCAGUUAAAUCAUCAAUUAAAGCAAUACAAUUAAUUGAGAGUAAUAAGAGAAAGAAAGGAUUAGUUGAACUAUUUUCAACGGUUGGAGUUCAUCCACAUUCAGCAGAGGAAACAUUGAAAAUGAAUGGUGGUAGUGGUGAGAAAGCACAAGAUGAGUUGAGACAAUUGAUAAAGAGUAAUUUAAAUGUUGUUAAAUCAGUUGGUGAAUGUGGUUUGGAUUUCAAUCGUAAUUUCAGCUCACAUGCAACUCAAAUCGAAAUGUUUGAUAGACAAAUCCAAUUAGGAAUAGAGUUUAAAUUACCAUUAUUCAUUCACGAGAGAGAUGCACAUAAACAAUUUUGCACUGUCGUUGAAAAGUAUGUAAAAGAUGGCACAAUGCCAAAAUCUGUAAUUCACUGUUUCACAGGUACUGAAGCUGAAGCAAGAAUGUAUGUUUCAAUGGGAUUCUAUAUUGGUUUCACUGGUGUGAUUGGUCAUGAUAAAAGAGGUGAACAAUUAAGAGCAAUCUUAAAAUCUGGUAUCAUCCCAUUGGAUCGUUUAAUGAUUGAAACUGAUUGUCCAUAUAUGACUCCUCACAAUAUAAAUGCAAUCGAUAAACCAAAACAAAAUGACCCACGUUCAAAAUUCAUACGUAAUGAACCUUCUCUCUUGCCAUAUGUUUUAAAAACUUUAGCACAAUGUUAUAAUAUCUCUGAAAAAGAUAUGGCUUUACAAACUUUUAAUAAUACAAAAGUAUUUUUUAAUUUAAAUUAA